GUUUACUGAGCCCAUAGCAAACCAUUGCACAUGGGUGGUGAGCUGUAUUCAGCUUGGUGGAUCACAGUAAGUGUACAGAUCUGAUCUACGGGAAGUUAGGAAUCCAGCCCUGCCUUUCCUUCUUGGUGCUGCACUUUUCAGGGAGAUGAUGUAAAGAGGAAAUGCAUCAGACUAGAAAAGGGGUUUAUGGCCUGGGAGGAUAAGAAGGUAGGUAUAUUAUUGUCUGGCAAGUAACACUAGCUUAAUGGGGCAGAGGAAUACCUCCACACCCAGGAAUAUUACGAGCAGGAAUAUUCCUGCUCACCCAGGAAUAUUACGAACUAAGACCUGUAUUUGAGGAGGAGGAAUAGACUGCUAUGGGACUAUCUUCUGGGAAUAAGAGUACUGCGGAUUUAGUUCGGAAAGGAACCUCGCUCAGCCGCAGAGCACACGCUUCGCAUGCCAGAUGUUCCAGGUUCAAUCAGCUGCGUCUCCAGCACAGGGGUGCCCUGGAAUCUCCUCUGGAUCAGACGGGCCUUGCCAUGUCCGCCAGCAGCUGCAGUUUUGCAGACAGAUGUGUGACUGUGCUGUGCUGCAGGUUUUGCCAGCAAGUGCUAAGUUCCCGGGGCAUGAAAGCUGUUCUCCUGGCUGAUACAGAGACAGAUCUCUACUCCACAGACAUCCCUCCCACCAGUACUGUUGGCUUCAUUGGAAAUUGCUAUUUCACAGAAAUCUGCAAAUGUAAACUGAAAGAUGUGGCCUGUUUGAAAUGUGGGAAUGUGGUAGGUUACCAUGUGAUCGCUCCAUGCAAACCUUGUUUGCUGUCCUGCAACAAUGGGCACUUCUGGAUGUUUCACAGCCAGACUGUUUUUGGAAUCAACAGGCUCGAUUCUUCCGGUACAAACUUACUGCUUUGGGGCAACUUACCAGAUUCAGAGGAAAGCGCAGAUGAAGACUUGUCCAGCAUCUCUGAAGACGAGUACAUCCGAUAAAUGUCACCAGCUAUGUGCUGCAUGGUGUGCCUCUCACACGGACAAGAAACACGAUGUGCAAAUCCCAGCAAGACAGAGGGAAAGCACUUCAAAGGGUAAUAAUACCUGUUGACCUUACACUGUCUGAUCUGCUAGGCAUCCUGUUGUACAGGAUGACCAGGAUUUGAAGGUCAAAAGUCAGUCCUUGCUUUCCAGAGCACCAUCAGUAUGCCCCCCCUGGCUUCUGCAACUGCUUGCUAUUGCCCAUAUCCUACAGGACAGCAUUUAUGUACGGAAGAUCAAGGAAUGAGCUCCACAUCGCCAUCGCUCCUGGUUGCACAAAAAAAGGUCUGGAAGCGACGCAGGGAAAGAUCCAGUGGUGUUUGAUGUGGCAAGUUAUCUGCCGGCCUGCAUGACUCCUUUUCCCUGUUUUGCUGGCUGAGUCAGGGGUUGUAAAAGGCCUCUCUUCAGGAACCACGGUUAAUGCUGCUACACAGCGCUCCGGCAGUGAAUACCAACUCUGUGCUGUUGGCUGCCUUCCAGAAUCCCAUGUUUGCAUAACAUAUUGGGAAGCUCUUAAAUCUAGGUAUUUCUGCUUCCCUCGUGCAAGUGCAGCACAAUGUUUGGUUCUGCUCAAAGGCCAGAUUUCGAGGAAACCUACUGAAUAGCUUUUUCUCUGCCAGCGCACAAAUGGCCAACAAGUGUGAGGACAUCGCCUGGGAACUGGCAUGUUUCCCUGCUCCUAAUGGAAGGAGAAGAUGCAAAGAAAUGCUAACAAAAGAACAAGAGACCCCAGCUUCUGGACCUGCAGAUAUCCCCUUUAAUGCGUGCAAUCAAGAAACAAAGAGGCUUAAAAGAACAGUGUCCAAGCGGCAGCAUUUUUAACUGUGUUUGUCCGUUUCUCUAGUUGUUUACAAGAAGAAAUGAGCAGUGAGAGUGACGCUGAAGGAGAAUGUAGUAAAUGCAGGGUCAGGUCAAAAAAAAUUUAAAUCCUUCUGGUUUCUCUACUGCUGGCAUAAGAGUAUUCCCUACGUAUCUGGUGGCACAGUGCCUUUUGGAAAGAAUGUAGCAACCAGGCAUGGCUUGAAUUGCAUCUAGCCAGUAGUGUACUGAAGUCUAAAGUAGCAGAAGCAGCUAAGUAGCCGCAGGUAGAACAUUUACUCUUUUUCAAAAUGAUGUAAGUGUUAUCUGGAGCAUGAUUUUUUAAAGGGUACUAAUAUCCUCUUUGGAAGAAGGAAAAAAUAUUGAGAAUUUUCAAGCUGUGUUGAUACUUUCAGCCCUCUAGUUCAGCGUUUCUCAACCGCUGUUCUGCGACACACUAGUGUGCCGCGAGACGCUGGCUGGUGUGCCGCGACGUGCAGCGACGAGAAGGGCAAUUUGCAUUGUCACGUGCCUGGCGGCCGCCAAUAAACAGCGCUAACCUGCCGGAAAGGAAGCCGGCCGGGUCACGACGCGGGGCGAGCGCAGCUCUCAACAGCCACCACCACGGGAGGGUGGUUUUAGACAAACUUAAAGAAGCUGGCUGGAUGAGCUCAACCUGAAACUUGCUGAGCAAAGGAUUGUGCUGGCAGAGAAAUCAGCGGCUUGUGAAGCCUUAUUACAGGAGAUUGCAACCAACACAGCAAUUGGCAAGUGUUUCUUACAGUCAUAAUUAUAUAGUCAAUAUAGGGCGGCACAGAGUUAAUUUUUUAAACUUUUUUAAUGGUGGUGUGCCUCGUGAUUUUUUUCAUGGAACAAGUGUGCCUUGGCCCAAAAAAGGUUGAGAAACACUGCUCUAGUUUAUAGGGCAUUUUAGGGCCUGGUGCAGUUCCAGAAUCUUUGCUGUGGUGAGCCUACAACUCUAGUGCCCACAUUGCUUUCAUUCACUUGAACGGAGCCAGUCAUAAAUUCAGGGAGCAGCUUAUUCCAAAUGCUUCCUGAGUUUUGCUGGUGCUGUUGGUGUUUGCAAGAUGGUGCUGAAUGAAUUUCCAGAAUGUUGGUUAUGUUUUUACGUUUUCUUGGUGCGUAGGUGCGAUCAUUAUGUGAAACCCUCCAAAAGUUAUAGACUGACUCAGUCAUUCAUAACAGUGGAGGUAUCUGCCAGUAAGUGGGGCAGUUAGGUAAUUUAGACUUUCAAUUUAAUGGGUGUUCUCUCUUCCCCCCCCCCUCUCAUACACUCACUCACAUGCGCACGCACAUGCUUUGGAUCAGCGGAGGAGAACCUCCAAGCCUCCAAAUCUGGCCCUCAUAGUUCUCUAGGUCACAAUGCUCACUUUUACACUGAUUAUUUUUGCAUGGCAGGUAUGCGUCCUUGAACUCAGAUGCCUCCUGCUUUUCUAGGUAGAUGAUAGAGAAGUGUGUGUGUGUGUUUAUCUAGCCCACUGCACAAAAGUAACUUUUACAUUUGUUGUUCCACCCAUUUUUUAGCCUCAGCCACCACUAGCAGGUGGCCUCAAAGGGAAUGAGGCCUUCAGGCUGAAAAGCGUUCCCUAUUCUUGCUUUCUAUGGUGUAAAUUAUUUGAUUACUUCAAAAUGUGGUACACCAGCCUUGCUGUACUUUCUAUGAGCCCUUCUGCUCAUUCUACUGAGGGCCUCAUCUUCUGCGCCAAAAUGCCUCCCUAACUGCAGAGAGUUCAAAUAUCUAUCAGCUAUAUGAACUGUAUAUAAUAAAAGUCAGUGUGCUGUGUGUAUUAUGCAUUUCCACAAUAACAUAGUUCAGUAUCUGGAGAUUCUCACCUUUUAUUUAUUUUUAAAACUGCUUUCUAGCUGUUAAGGCUUCCAAUAUAAGCCUGGUGAAAUCUCUGAUGCCAAAGCAGGGGGCUUAAGUUGUUGCUUUCCUCCCAGCCAGCAGAAGCAAAGCAAAUGGUGAGCAUCAUUUACCCAGGUUCUGGAACUCAACUUCUCUUGGAACUGACUUCAGUUUAAUACCAACUUAUUUAAAGCACAAAAUAUUUGCAGCUUUAAUAAGAGCACCCUUUGUAUACACAAAAUCCGCUAAGGUAACACCUGCCCUAAAAAAAAAAAACCCACAAAAUUCACUCUGGGAAUGUGUUUUAAAGUGAGAAAUUGACUUAAAAUGUCAGAAAGAUCAAGACCUUCAGUUGUAAAAUAAGGAAGGCAAAAAGUGGGGGAAUAGCAUUCUCAACAAAUCAGUUGUGCAGUAAGAUCCUGACCAUGUGUACUCAAAAGUAAGACCUACUAAGUUCAAAGGACAUUGCUCCCUACUACCUAGUAAAUGAGUUUAGGAUUGGGUGGCACCCGAGUGGGGUAUGGGUAACUGCAGAACAUUAUGGAAGGGAAGCUCAAUGCACCACUGCCAGAUUUAAGUGGCAGCUAAGUAUUUUGAAGAACAUCUAGUUAGCCAUUAGAACAAUUGCAUUUUGUUCAUUCGUUACACACACACACAGUGAAAAAGCAGCACCAUGUGUUACUUAGUUGAGCACAAAUAUUAAAAAUCCUGAGAUUCUUGUAGCUACCCAAGGACAUAAAGAUUAUAAACACCUGUUACUUUGUUCAAUGUUUGCACUCAGCAUCUCCUGAAAAGAAGUUUCAAAUAAACAAGCAGCACCAUGCAAGGAUUGUCACUUCUGAUGCAGAACGUGAGACUUUGGCAGCGGAGUAUUAUUUUUAUUCUAUGAAUUGGGAAGUAGUGGUGUGGAUCCAUGGAACCAGAAGAGUCGAUGACUGUUGCACUCCAAAUCUUGUCAGGCCAGUAUGACCAGUGAUCAGGAGUUGGUGGGAGCUAGAGUCCAGCAACACCUGGAGAGCUACGAGUCCCCCCCCACCUCUUGCUCUAAAGCAACUUUCAGAACAUAUGCUGGACCUUUAAAAGUAAUCAUGAGUGUCUUCACAUGGAAGCAUUGUGUACAUUGUGUAGGGUUCAGCCAUCCAUUUCAGAAGUAUUGGGGAGGGCCUAGGUUCAAUCAAUAGCAUCUGUUGUCAAAUGAUCUGGAGUAGCAGGGCUGUGACAGACAGCAGGCAGUGCUGGGCUAAAUGGACUUACAAUCUGAUUCAAUAUGAGAGCUUAAUGGGCGUUUGUGGAAGAUAAAAAACAAUUUUGGGAAACCGUCUGGGUUGUGUAAACAAACUGUUGCAGGCAGAGGGUCAUAACAAGCCUUCCAAACCCCACAGAUAAUCAGUUGGAUGCUGCAUUGGAAGAAAAAUCCAAUGAGAAAAUUAGGGUGUGAUCCUUUGUCCUUGUCUAUGCAUUAACGCUAUUGAAUUCAUGAAUACCCUCUGAGUAGAGGGACCCAGGUGGCGCUGUGGUUAAACCACUAAGCCUAGGGCUUGCUGAUCAGAAGGUCGGCGGUUCGAAUCCCUGUGAUGGGGUGAGCUCCCGUUGCUUGGUCCCAGCUCCUGCCAACCUAGCAGUUCGAAAGCACGUCAAAAUGCAAGUAGAUAAAUAGGAACUGCUACAGCGGGAAGGUAAACGGCAUUUCCAUGUGCUGCUCUGAUUUGCCAGAAGCGGCUUUGUCAUGCUGGCCACAUGACCUGGAAGCUAUACGCCGGCUCCCUCGGCCAAUAAUGCGAGAUGAGCGCGCAACCCCAGAGUCGGUCACGACUGGACCUAAUGGUCAGGGGUCCCUUUACCUUUACCUCUGAGUAAACCUGUAUCGGAUUGCACUGAUAGAGGUACUCUAAACAAAAAGAAAGUGUGCAUUAUUCAACAGAAUGCAUGACUCCAAAGUGCUUAGUUCAGCUGAAUUAUGUCUCUACACUUAGCUCUUGCCGGUUUGUCAGCUGUCAAGCCACCCCAGUUAAAACAAUGAUUUGAUCGAAGAUACACAAGCCUAAUAUUCACUAAAGUUUUGGUAGUAAUAUUAAAAUACAAUGUGGGCAUAAGCAAUAAACUGAUUUAUUUGUUGUCCGUCAUACUGAAAGGUAGGAGUUCAUAAAUUUUCAGCAUAGUGUUGAUUAAAUGACUUUUUAUUGUACAGGCCCUAAUGCUGCUGUGAAUGCAACUGGUUGUGUAUGUUAUAUUUAUAAAAUGGCAAUAUUUGAGCACAGGGAGGUCAAAGUAAUGCUGUUUGUUGAACUCCAAAAACCCGAAUACAUAAACUGCUAUUGAAAGUGUGUGUGUGUGUGUCACUAAAACAAGGUACGCAGGCAUAUAUCCAUACUUUUCUUGUUGCAGUGGAGGAGAAGAAUCAAAUAACUGUCCUCAGAAUUUCAUAAGGGGGGAAUAGCCUAAUUCUGCACCUGCUUAAACUAGAGCUAUGUCUCUCUCUUUCUGUGUGUCUUACGCACAUACAUACAAACAAGUGACCUAUUUGGGUUUUGAAUUUGAGACAAUGUCAAAUGCAGAGGCUUGCCGUACCCAAAUUGGAUGGCACAAGAAGAGCCAUAUAAAAAAAUCUGAAUUCCAAUAAAGCAAGUGCACUUGCUUUCCCUCAGGUCUGUUUUAAGAUGCCGCACACUUGUGUGCAACAAUAUCAGUGUUAUUGGUAAUGCAUUCUCUUUUCUUUUCUAUGCAUUAUUCAACACCAAUCGUAGCUGGCUGCACAGGUUGAACAGAAGGAAGGAAGAGGGGAAAAGUCACAGCAAGACAACGAUAAAUCAUUUCAGCUUCAUUCUAAAAGGAACCGUGUUAAGAAGGGGGAGGGAUCAUUUCAGUCUUCCCCAUUUUUUCAGUAUAAUUUAAUGUAUAACCUCUAAAAAGUAUACGCUGAGCACACGUAGGGAUUCGGUUUCCACUGAAACGCAGCCAUUGCUGUGAUACGAGAAGCCAGCUCACAAGUGCCACAUUGCAAGGACACCGGAACAAAAGGCUGCCUGUAAUAAUUAAUGAUUUCCUUUCUGCCUAUGAAGGCAAGCUGCGUGUGAUGGAAUUAAAACCUACAGCAACUAGAACUAGACUCUCACUCUUUAGCCCACUAAAAUGGCGCUUGGCCAUCUGGGUGCAUGUUAUCCAAGAGGAUGGCUUUGAACGGUAGAGCCUUCCAUAAUUGCAGGAUCCAUGAUUCGGUGCUGUUAUGCAGGCAGCAGUACGUCCAUAUCUUGCUGUAGGCAAAUGGCUCACUCACAUGUGUGGUUUCUGUUUGAAAGAAGAAACGGGUGUGGGGGAAGGGUGGAAAGUGUUCUAGCAGGCAUGUUUUGUCUGCUCUUCCCAUGAACUCUGUAACCAGCUUGCCAAAAGCAGCAGCCACAUCUCAAUGGUAUCUUGUGUGCAAACAUUCCUAAGUCUUUCAUCAGUGCUCCUUGUCAAAACGUAUGCUUUAAACUAAAAGUGGUUGCACUCCUCAUUGAUUUUUUUUUUUUACUCAAACGGAGCUAAUUUUGGACAGCAGUAAAAGAAAACAAGAUGCCCAGGUCUGGACUCUUCAAAAGAAAUCUCACGCUUCAUGUGGUUUUGGCAGCUGUUUGCCCAUCAUCUGUGGUUCUUCAAAAUACUGACAAUUUGAUGUCUCUGGGUAACAUCAUACUCCAGGAAAAUUAGCUCAAAAUGUCUCCUACUGGCUUCCAUCUGUAUGUCGGUGUACACAGGAACUUGUAUGUGAGCUUGAGAAGCCAGGAGCUUUCUCAAUAAGGAAGCAUCAU